AUGACCUGGAUCGCAUUGACAGUUUUUAUCAUGCCCACGAUCUUCAUCGCCUCUUGUCAUUCGCUCAUGGUAAUGGCAAUUUGGCAAGCGUCGCGUCUUCAAACUGAAUUAAAUGCUCGCAGCAAACACCAGACCAGUGGACAUGUACGGAUAUCUCAAGAAGUCAGCGGAGGCGGCCUGGCUUUAUCUCAGGAGGAUGCUUGUCAAACGGAAAUAUAUUAUAGAAAAGGAGAAAGUACAGCUGAGCAUUCGGUUGGAGAUAAAAGUAAUGAUGGAACAGCUGUGUCCUACAUAGCCGUCGACUCAAGCUCAAGUCCUUCACAUGUAGACAGUCGGGCAGUAUGCAUCAUGAAUCUAUCAGGCCACAAUCGUUGUAAAGACAAAGUCGUAAACGAUAAAGACUAUAGCGGCGCCGACAGACAGAAGGCGUACAACGUCGUUGAUGGUGUUCAAACAAAUAAUGCAUCGGGAAAGGGGGCGAUAAUAAGACAUUUGCUUGAGUCAAAAGGAGAAAAGUUAGGUCAAGCCGGGAGCUGCAUACCGAGAGCGAGGGUAAAAACGGUUAAAAUGACAUGCGUUAUUGUUUCAGGUAAAUAA